GCCUCGGAGGAGGCGGACCUGUCGCUGCCGGUCGAGGACCGGGAGCCAGACGGCUCGGGCGGCUUCGGCAUCGUCCCGGCGCCCGUGGACGACGCCCACCGGCGGGUGAGCACCAUGAGCACCACGAGCCAGGGGGUCAAGAGGCACAGCACCAAGUCCAACCGCGGCACCCCCGCGGCGCUGCCGAGGCUGGGCCUGGACGCCCCAGCCGCCGAGGGCGCAGCGCCUGCGGGGCGCGAGCCGCCCAGGAAGAGCCUCACGAAGGCGCGCGAGGCGCAGAUGCAGGCGCUGACGGCCACCCCGCUGGACACGGAGGUGGCAGCGGCCUCCUCCGCCGACCGCUUCUCCAGGGUGUUCGCGGAUCGCAGGAGCUCCUUCCGCAGCAACAGCAGCAAGAGCCUCGAGUCCCUGCCGGACCGGCAGUGGAAGCGGACGUUCACCGCCGAUUCCCGCGCGUCCUCGUCGGCGGGCCCGCUGCUGGCGAGGCUGCACGAGGAGGAGGAGGAGGACGCCGCCGGGGGCCCCUCCCAGAGGCCGCACGCGGCGAAGGCGCCCGCCCCCUUCGACCUCACGGAGGACCCGCCCGCCAUAGUCGUGUCCCCGCCGCUGGCCGAGCUCUCGAGCCUGCGGGGCGCUCAGUGCAGCCCGAAGGGGCCCACGGUCAAGCGCGGCAGCCGCGGCGGCGGCGAGCCGGAGGGGAGGCCUCAGUUCUCCCAGUUGGACGAGCCGGUGCUGUACCACAAGGAGAGCCCCAUCAAUUUCGGCACGCUGGCCAAGAGGAGCCCCAGCUCGAGCUCCAGCUCGAGCGGCAGCGGCGGCGAGAACGACGGGGGGGACUCCGACGACUCUGACGGCGAGCUCUGGUGUAGCCGGGGCCAGGGGCAGGUGGAGGUGCCCAUCUGGCUCAUGGAGAAGCUGAAGUCGCGCGGGCCCCCCGGCCUGUCGGCGGAGGAGCGGCGGCUGCUGGACAGCGCGCAGGAGCGCGCCAGCCGCGGCAGCUCCGGCUCCGCCGAGGCCGCCGGCAGCUCGGCUCGCGUCGAGCCGCGCCCCCCGCGCGGCAGCUCCUUCUGCGCGCCCGCGCCCGAGCUGCCGGGCAUCUCGGAGGGCGAGGAGGAGGCGGGAAGCCCCGUGGGCGUGCGCUUCGAGGAGCUGGAGGGCGCAGAGGCCGCGAAGAGGCGCGGCGGGAGCAGCGGGAGGCAGCCGGCCCCGAAGACGUUCGGCAACGCCGGCUCCGCGCGCACAUCGCGCAACGACUUGGCGGCGUCGCAGCGCGCCAGCGUCCGGACCACCACCGCCCCGGUCAAGCCGCAGAACUUCUUCUGGAAGAUACCAAUGCCGUCGCGGAAGAACACCGUGCAGACCGGGGCGGAAAGCCUCGCGCACCUGCCGGAAGAGGACGGCUCGGACGACGAGGGAGGGCGCGACGGCGCGGCCGCCUCCUCCAGCACGGGCCCCGUGCUGCUGGGCUCGAGCACCAGCGCGCCGCCGCGGGGCAGCCUCAUGAGGCACGUCGGCUUCGACGAGGGCGCCGGCGGCGCCGCGCACGCGGCAGCGCGGCGGCCGUCCCAGAGCAGGCCCGGCCAGCAGGGCGCCCAGAGGAAGACCAGCCUGUGCCUGCCCGGCGGCGGGGUUCCGGGCGCCGUCGGGACCCUGGGCCAGCUGCAGCCGCCUCAGAAGCGGCACAGCAGGAACCUCCUGUCGUCCAACUCCGUGGGCAGCCGGGGCAGCAGGCGGCCCAGCGCGCUAGGCGUGUUCUCCGACGGCUUCCGGGCCGGGAGCAGCCAGGGCCUCUACGUGUUGCCGCGCGACCCGUCGGCCAGCGUCGGCCACGAGGAUUCCGAGAUCGUGGAGGUGCGGCGCGAGUCGGUGGUGAUGUCGCCCACCAUGAUGGAGGGCAUCCUCAAGUGCAAGUCCCUAGGCUCGCGCCUCUCGCAGCAGCUCGCCGAGGAGGUGGGCACCCACGGCGGCGAGAUCGUGCUGCCGCUCUUCACGCAGAAGAAGAGCAACCUGCCGCACCAGUGCACGUGCCAGGUGGACCCCCUCACCGGCCACGUGAUACACACCUGCAUGACGCCCAAGUCGACGAGGUGCACCAACACGGAGGUGAUGCAGUCCUACGUGUGCUCCGAGUGGCACUCGAAGGUCGGGACCCGCACGCGCGGCAGCUUCAGCGAGGAGUGCGCCGCGUUCAUGGGGUCGCGGAGGGGCAGCUUCGGAGACGCGCCGGCGGCCGAGCAGCAGCCCUACGACGUGCACCGCAAGCGCAUCCGCAACGAGACGGUGCUGGGGAUGAUGUCACGGGGCCCGGCGCCCGCGAAGCAGAACGUCGAGGACGAUGACGACGACGACUUCGAGAAGCCGGAUGGGGAGGAGAAGGCGGACGGCCCUGUGGGGGACCAGCUGGUGGUCUCCUUCUCGUCGAUCCAGAACUCCCAGAAGGGCUCCCACCGCGAGAGCUUCUGCGGGGACCUCAGGCUGCUCGGGGGCGCCGGCGGCGCCGGCUCGCCUGCGCACGGCGCCGGCGAGCUGGACGGCGCCGCCACGCCGGUGGGCGCCGCGGGCAUGUACGGCGACGCGCAGGUUGAGAGCGAGCUCGGGCACCGCUUCGACCUGCUCGAGCCGGAGGCGCUGGGAGCGAUGUUGCUCGACGUUGAAGGACGGGAGCGGCUUCUGAUAGUCGACGUCCGCGGGCGAGACUGGGUCGGCGGGCACAUACCUUCGAGCAUCAAUUUGAGGACUUCCGAGGUCACGACGCACCCCGAGUCCCUCCUUGCGCAGUGCCGACAGAACCGGAUCCAGACCGUGAUCUUCACCUGCAUGUAUUCGGUGCUCCGCGCCCGCAAGUGCGCCACCGCCCUGGAGCAGGUGCAGAACGAGGAGCAGAAAUCGGGCCACGCGCCGUACCGGCUGCGGGUGUACCUGCUGCGGGGUGGCAUGCACGCGUGGGUGAACCAUUACGUCGGCGCGGAGCUCAUUGCCGCGGACCCGCCCGAGCAGUUCCUGGUGAACUUCCAGCCGGAGAUGUGGAGCGAUGGCGGGCCGUCGCAGGGCGGACUCGUGCACGUCAUGGACGCCCUCUGGUCUUCCGGCGGCCAGAAGGCGCUCACGGACGCGCUGACGCAGGAGUUGUCGGCCUUGGCCGCCAUGGCCAGCCGCGACAACAGCAGCCACACCAGCACCAUCCACAACUCGCGGCGCCCCAGCGAGAACGACCCGGCCGCCUGA